ACUGUGCGAUCACUCUUCAUUUUGUAUCUCAAAGCCUGCUGUGAAGUUCAUAUCACAUUUUUGUGGGGUCUUUUUUCUUUUUGCUUCUCCAGCAGCUGCACUGUAUAUCUAAAACUGUUUAUCAUUUUCACCAUGGAUGAUUUUGUUCGUGACAAACUAAUCCAAUGGGGACUGAGUGACUGGAUAUACAAAUUUAAAGAUCAAGCAAUUGACACUGAAAGCUUCUACUUCCUUGAAGAUCAAGACAUCAAUGAUUUGAUUCCAAAGAUUGGACCAAGAGUCAGAUUCAAGAGGAGACUUAAGCUGUUAAAGGAGCAUGACGAAUCAAGCCAUUUUAAUGAGUCUUCACAGCCAACAAAGAGUACAGGAAAGAGAAAGCUCAUGGAGCUUGACAUUGAGUCUAGUGAUGAGCAACCAGCUGCAAAACAACAUUGUGGGGGAGUCCAGUUUUCAGAGGAAACAAUAUUGUCUGAUGUCAAAAAGAUAAUGGUGCACAUUCAUGGCAAACUGCGUCAACAAUUCAAUACGAAGCUCAAUGAUUUCCUGAAGAAAAAAAUCAUUGGUCUGAAUAUAGACAAGAGAGAAAUGGUUGGUGUCUUUGGUAAAACUGGAGCUGGAAAGAGCUCUUUGAUCAAUGCUGUCAUUGGUAAAAAAAACUUUCUGCCCUCUGGAGAUUUAAGUGCUUGUACCUCGGUCAUGAUUAAAGUGGAAGCCAGUAUAAACAACAAGUAUGAGGCAGAGAUUGAGUUCAUCACCAAAGAGGAAUGGCAAGAUGAGGUGUGGUCAAUGCUGCAAUAUCGUGGGGAUGUGGAUCAAGAAAAGGAUGACGAUGUCGAUCACGGUGAUUGUGAUGAUGACAAUGAUGAUGAUGAUGAUGAUGAAGAUGAUGAUAAUAAGAAAAAACUAUCAGCACUUUAUGGGAAGGACAGAAAACAAACUUCACUGGAACAAUUCAUGGAUCCAAAAAACUUCAAAGAAAUCCCAGAAUUUCUUAAAUCCAGAACAAAAACGUUGACAUUUGACUCGGCUGAGAUGCUAUCUGAGGGAAUCAUGAAGUACACGAGAAAUGAUUCAAACCAAGGAGAAGGCAAAGAAUUCAACCGGUUGUAUUGGCCAUUGGUGAAGUGCGUGACUAUCAAAGUGCCAAACACGGCUAUUCUUCAGCAUGUUACUUUGGUGGACCUUCCUGGAAAUGGAGACCGCAACAAGAGCAGAGAUGAAAUGUGGAAGGGGAUUGUUGGAAAAUGCUCCACCGUGUGGAUUGUGGCUGAACUCAACCGAGCAGUAGCGGAAAAAGAAUCCUGGGAGAUUCUGAAAAGUACUGUUAGCCUCCUUGGAAACGGUGGUGAAUGCCAGAAUAUUCACUUUAUCUGUACCAAGUCUGACCUUUUUGAAGAUUUCCAAGAUCACUCAGCGGAAGAUCGCCUGGCUUUAAUGCUGAAAAGGAACAUGAAGGCAAAGGAAGAAGUCAAAACUGAAUUCAGUAAGCUACUCAAUGUCAAGAAACACUUCAGUGAAGACUCCUUUGAAGUGUUCACCGUGAGCUCUAAAGAAUUUCUGAGAGGAGGACUUGAAGAGAGCACUGAAAUACCCAAACUUCAGAAAUUUUUACAAGAUCUGAAUGACUGUCACUCAGAGACGUUAAACUAUGUUUCUGGAGCUUACGGGAUUCUUUCUUUAAUUCAAGGAAACAGAGGGAAGACUGGCAAAAAUGAAGAAGUCUAUGAAGAACUAGAGAGAAACAAAAGCGCUCAAGUUGAACUUAUUAAAAAAGCAAUGGAUGAGACAUACUCAGUUUUUGAAAAAUGUCUGAGUAAAGGUGUUGAAACAUCAAAAAGUUCCUUUGGAAAUACUUUGAAGACCUCCCUGUACCCUCAUAAAAAGUCUAACAACAGGGGCUUCCACAAGACACUGAAAAGUUUAGUCCAAAACGGGGGCAUCUACAAACCUAAAAAUAAGAAUGAAAUUAACUUAAACAUGAGGCUAACGUCAUUCUUGACUAACAGCAUUGAUGAGGAAUUCAAAAAAGCCUUCCCAAAUAAAGGAAACACUGGCCCAUUCAAUGGGGUGAUCAGCCGGUUUUCACUCAACACUGAAAAGCUAAAGCAGAAGUACGAUGAUGUAGAACUGCAGCUGACCUUUCUGAAGACAGAGGAGGAAAAAGUUCAGACAGAAUUGAACAAAAUGAUCCGAAGCGGCAAGAAAACUGUCUACAGCAGUUUGACAAAAUCAAUUGAGGAAACCAUGAAAGGAUGCUACAAGAAUGCAGCCCGUGCUGAAAAAACUGGUGCAUUGAAGAACAUGAGGGAAACAAUUGAAAACCAUGUGAAAGAGUCGAGGGACACCAUGUUUGAAAAGGCUAAAAAGGCUAUGUUGGCCGAACUCCAGAGCUUAGCGGAGGAGAUCCUGGAAACAGUGGAGAGAACCAUGACUGAAGCUUUAGAGGUCUCAUUCAGGACUGAGGACAACGCAAUUCCAGAUGUUUCAACUGAGCUUGAGAUGGUGCAGAAACUCUAUGAUGAACUGAAGAGCAACUCAACUGAAGAAAUGCCAUAAAAUAGCCGCCCUCAUUCCGAGCUACAGGGAUUCUGUGAUAUGUGGGUCAUGAUCUGCUGCCUGCACGCCUCAUCUUUCCUUAAAGAGGAGUGUUAAAUAUAUAUAUAUAUAU